GGUGGCUGCACUUUUGGGCCCUAAGCCCUCCAUGAACCGAUCUGUCGCUACUCUCCCUAUACAGGAGAGGCUUUGAAUCAAGUCAGAAUGCUAGUCAAGGACUUGAGAAAAAAUAUUAAUCUGGAAGACUUCACCCUGAUUGUACCAUCAAUUUCUGUAGGAAAUACGGGUCAGCUAGCUAUAGAUUGCUCAAUUCAUCAUUUUAAUGCAACAAAGAUCUAUCAGUUUUGGCAUAGAGGAGUACUUCCAGUCAUUGGCCAGAACCCUUUCGAUGAAAACUCUUCGACACUUGGUUUGGCUGCAGAAAUUUUUGCAGUAGAGUCCCUGAAAUUAGUGUUUUUUCAAAUCAGAUCUGCUAUCGUUAAAAAUAGUGAGACAGAAUUUUUGAAUUCAGCAAUAGAUUUCUUUAAAAAUCACAAUGUUAAACAAAUUAUAAUUCUUUCCAGUUCUUAUGCCCAAAAUAGACUUGAUGCUCAGCUAACUGAUAGUCAAGUGCGUUAUGUUGCCUGUCCAGUCAUGUCGAAAAACUAUAAAUCGGAAUUCGAUGAGCUUACAUGGAAACUUUUAGAGCAGUAUGAUGAAAAAAAAAACUCCAUCUGUCUCAGUGGAGCUGGUUUUGUUUCGAAAGUAUUUAAAAUAUGUCAGAGUAAAGAAAUGCCUUGUUUGAUCUUACUCAAAUUUUGCUCUGAUGGUGACAACAUUCCAGAUGCAUUAGAUCUCAUUUCCUUUCUUGAUUCGUGGCUACACAUCUAUCCCAGAAGAGAACACAAUGACAAUUUGAAAACACCACCUUCCUGGAAAUUUUUGUUCGGAAAUUCUGGUCCACAGGAAAUUUACUAGUAAUUUUCAUGGCUAAGAGAAAUCUCUUGAGUAUCAAGAAACUGUCAAAAUAUAUUUUCUUUUUAAAGUAAUAAAUGUUGAAAAGAAAGAAAUUCUUGAUACUGCAGAGUAUUCUCCUUUUAGCGCAUUGCGCCCCAUCCAUGACACUACUCGAGACUAUUUAAUGUGUGUAAAACUGCAUCAUUUCCUUCAGAAAAUUCAUCCUUUGCAUCUCAUUCACUAGCGUAAGCAUUACUGAAAUUGCAUAACCGUUGAAAUAGACAAACGACUUAUUGGAAUGGAAAUCCCAUUUUAUUCUUUGCUCCCCGCUUUUCACGACAGCGACAUGACUUGGCGGAUCUAAUACACAGAGAACAACGACGGUACAAAAAUAUGGUACCUACUAACCUUACACAAUAUGCAAUGAUAGUACCAAUACAACAUUCCUCUGUGUUUUUUUUUUUUUUUCAAUUUACAAAUGUAUGAGGAAUACAAGAUUUUAGUUAUUUAAAUUCUAAAAAGAAGCAUAAAACGCACAGAAAUGCGGAAAACAAUUUAAAUUGCAAUACUCGCCAAGUUUAAUUACGGAGGUAAUGUUAGUGUGCUACGUUUAGCUUAUUUUUUGAAGAGGGAAAGUGAAACAAAAAUUUAAUAAAAUUUCUUAACACUUUAAA